AUGUGGAGUGACGACAACGAAAGUAUUGGCUUGAGGUGGCUUGAGAAGGUCUCAAAGCUAGGCAAAAGUGUUCACAACACUGUGCGAAAGACGACAGUCCUCGAUGGCAUGAGUGAAUUCAACUGGGCCAUCCCGCAGGACGGUCGCGGGUCCGUCAACACCAUCAACCUUCGCUCGCUGACCGAUGAAAGUGUAGCCGUCAUGGCGAAAUACGUUGAGAGCAUGCCUAGGCAUAUUGGCAACGGUUUCGCGAUUCACGUGGCUCCUAAGCCCUCAGAAACAAGUCUUCAAAAUUCUGUGUUUGCGGCGACGGAAUCUCACUAUAUGUUGGAGCUUCUCGCUACACCGCGUUCGGAGGAGGGCCUGGAAGAGUCGCGGAGCUGGGAGACGGACUUUUUACGCGCACUCUUGCAAACAGAUUCCAAGAAUAUUCUUCCGACCACAUAUAUCAACCACACUCCGCCAGGCCGGACCACGCUGAAGCAAAUUUACGGAGCAAACUUUCCGUUUGUCAUGUGUCUCAAGCAGAAGUAUGACCCGAAGGACGUUUUUAACCUGGCUGUACCUUUUUCAUACAUCUCCCCCACAGAUACGCAGGACAUGCCAGGAGUAAAUGUGGCAUAG